CGCGAUACGCUUGAGGCUUCUCCCCCGUCUUAGACGCUCCAACAGGCUGUUUAUAUAGAGUGGGACAGACAUGAGAAGUUUUCACCUCCGCUGUUCGCUGGUCAAAGUAUGUCGGCAGAGGACCUGGAGACCGACGUGAAGGCGUCCGAGAGGAGUGUAGAGGGCGUUGUAACACCGGUGGCAGAUCAGCCGAGUAAAGGCAGCGCUUUAACAACCACGCGUGUGGAACUUUGGGCGUUCUAUGUGUACUACAUCGGGAAUAACGGCCUGUCUGGGUUCAACUUCGGGCCCUCCCAGUUCCAGAACCUACUCUAUUUGGCAGGCUACGAUCCGAGCCAUGCUCCUUUCACGGUGCCUUGCGGCUCGGAUUCAGGCUGUGUGCUUCCGUACCUCGGAGAAGUGCGAGAUGUGAAUGCUAUCGUGCUCCUGACGAACGGGAUCAGCUUCGCAUUACAAGCCGUCAUUCUACUUACCAUUGGGGCUUGGGCUGACUACGGCCAGUGGAGACCGAACAUCACGAUAUUCUUCACACUACUUGCUGUUGGUGUAUCGUUUGCGUGGUUAGGCGUUGAAGACCCGUCCCAGUGGAAAGCCGGAGUCGCAUUGUACAUCCUUGGACUCAUUGCGUACCAGUGCGCACUCACAUUUUGGACUGCCGCGUUCCCUGGGCUCGCUCGCGAUCUUCCCGAGGUCAAAGCAUCCACCGAGGAGGCGUCAGACGGCAGGAAAUCAUUAGAGGAGCAUGCCGACUACGAGUCUCUCGAGCGCAAUCGCAUCUCUAACGUCUCAUUUACCGUAUGCUCCGUUGGAGAAAUCAUCAUCCUAGCCGUCAUGGUCGGCAUCUUGAAGGGGAUCCAUUCUGAUGCGAGCACGGAGAACAACACGAAGGCGUUCAGCGUGCUGAUCGCAUUUUCAGGCGGUGUCUGGUUGCUUUGCGCGCUUCCAUGGUUCUUGCUUGAGCAACGUCGCCCAGGUCUAGCGUUGCCACCAGGCACUUCACUGAUCACCGUAGGUUUCAAGCAGACAUACGCCCUCUUAUGCGAAUGCUGGAAGCUGAAGCAGACGUUCCUCUAUCUUAUUUUCUAUUUCUUAAUGGGAGAUGUAUUGAAUACCACCGUGACCGUCAUCGGCACGCUACAAAAUAGCGUGGUAUCGUACUCGACGCUGCAGUUGACGUACCUCCUCAUCGUAGGUAUAGUCACGCAAGCUCUGGGAAUAUACUUGUUCUGGAUCGUGCAGAAGCGAUUCAACAUCUCUACAAAAGCCAUGCUCUGUUUUAACGUGUUCUGGAUCAUCAUCCUCACCGUGUGGGGCCUCAUUGGCAUACACACCGACAAGUUCGGAUUCAAGCACGUCUGGGAGAUAUGGCUCUACCAAGCAUAUUAUGGCCUGAUGGUAUGUCCAUGGUAUGCGUAUAGCCAAACCUUGAUCAGCGAGGUGUCUCCGCUGCCGCAAAUGUUCCUGUUCUUUGCCCUCUUUUCGGUAAUAGGGAAGACGUCCGCAUUCAUAGGCCCUUUUGUAUCGUCGGCGAUCAUCACUGCUUCGGGAAACAACGACAACUACCCGUUCGUUUUCCUCUUCACGCUCGGUUGUGUGAGCACUGUCUUCCUAUACUUCGUGGAUGUGGGGAAAAGCCGCGUGGAGUGCGAGGCAUUUGUAGCAGCCGAGGCAAAACGGGAAGCUUUCAGAGUGGAUGGGGGCGCGUCGGAACAGAUGGUAUGAAGGGCAAUGCACUCUUCAUGCAGACACACUGCGGAUAGCCGAAGGUCGCUCUCGCGUCCAUACUAGAACAGCAUAUUACACCAGAAGGGCACAAGCGAAAUGGCAGAGAAAGCUUAUUGUAUGCUGGAACUACACACGCCACAACAUCCUGAGAUCGAUCGACUCCCGAUCACGAAGUGGGCGAGAGAAGUUGU